AUGCCGCACACCACUUGGCUGGUGAAGUUAAUUCAAGAGAGGUUGAAGACGUCUAGAAGCAGGCAGAAGUCAUAUGCAGAUAAGAGGAGACGGACCUUAGAGUUCAAAGCUGGCGAUCAUGUCUUUCUUAGACUAAAUCCAACUACUGGAGUAGGCAGAGCGUUGCGAUCCAAGAAGUUAUCUCCCCAAGUUCGUGGGGCCAUAUCAGAUUAUGAGAAGGAUUGGACCUGUCGCAUACGAGUUAGCUUUACCUCCACAAUUGUCCAACCUUCUCCUGUAUUUCACGUCUCGCAACUCAGAAAGUACGUAGCUGAUCCCUCGCAUAUAUUGGAGUUAGAGGACGUUCGUCUUCGGCAAGACCGAACGCUAGAGAUGAAACCGGUUCGCGUUGAAGACGUCCGCGCCAAGUACUAUAAAGGGAAGGACGUUCGGUUGGUGAAAGUGGUGUGGGACGACAAGACUGGCGAUUCUACUUGGGAAGUUGAGGAUGCCAUGAGAGACUUAUACCCUCAUCUAUUUCCUGGUAAGGUUUAA